AUGGGGGUCCAAUAUCCAUUAGGUUUCCCGGUCAAAUCGCCAUCUGGAUCCCAAUUCAUCUCUAAUCGACUUCAAUCAACAUUGUCAAGAACAGCUUCCUUUGAUCGUUUCAUCACCUUCUGCCUUCACUCCAACACCAUGUUCAAAUCCAAUUCAUUAGCUCAAAUCGCCGCCGAUGACACGCCCAUUGGCGAGAGGCCUUACCCAAGCCCUCCUCAGGUUAUCAUACCCCACGUUAGAGCCUACCCUGUCGCUCCAAAAGAAGCCACUCCUGCCUUAUCAGACGUGACUCCAGAGUCCCCGGGCUCCUGGGAAAUCACGGGCUCACCUCGUGAUCCCCCAUCGCCUCCCAUCGAGAUCAAAAAUAGUCAGUUUCCUCUGCCACAUCCUCAAUUAAUAAUUUCUGAUCGCUUUGGUGAAUUACAUAUAGGUAUCACAAAGCCUUUUGGGGAACGCGAUGCCAGCUCCGAGAUCGAGAUCAUCAGUUCCAACCUACCUCCUAAACGUCGAAUCGUAUCACGAGAUGUCAAACCCAGUAUGCCUCCAACGGGCACUCGAGGUCUUGUGGUCAGUUUCACCUUGUACCUGCCGAAGGGUCAUGACCUUUCUAAGGGUCCGCCCAAGAAAAGCAGCAAACCCGUCUAUCAGCCGAUUCCGCUCCCAGUCACCACGCAGACCUUCCAGAUCGACAAUCAUUCUCUCCCUGCGUUGAAGGAAUUUUUGUUUGAUUUGGCCAGCAAGGUUGACAACGAUACCUCGCAUGGCAACACUGCAAUCCUCAAACUUGCCGACACCGGCAAGAAGGUCAAGAUCUUUGCUUUCAUAGCCCGGCACCACUUUUAUGCCAAGGAUCACAACCGCCUCAUUACCAGCGACGAGGUGCUGAAAUCUUUCUAUUCAGCCCUCCCCCACAAUCCGGUUGGAAAUUGUGGCUUCUCGGUCACUAUGGAGAAUCCGACCAAAGCGGCCCAAGCCGCCAGCGCGGAACUUACCAAGAGCCAAGGUCGCAUGCGUGCGCAACACACCUUGGCUAGUGGAACUACAACCACGACUUCCGAUGUGGCCCAUUCGGCACCUAUCGCGCCUGAAAAACAAUAUCUUACCGCUUUGCAAAACCGUCACGGCUCCCUCCGCACCAACAAGGGCGACGGCUGGCAAAUCUUCAACACUAAGGAUCUUACUCAGAAGAUGGAAUUGACUACCGCCAAGGAAACCCCAGAUGUCACCAUCGACGUCCCUCCGAUCAAGGUCUAUCCACAGGACUUCAUCUGGCUUGAUGUCCUUCAAAAGCGACCUACUUCUACAGCCUGCACUACGCCCAUGUCCACCACGCCAAUCGCCUCGGUCAAGCGGGUCAAGGUCGAAGAGGGGCUCAUCUUCCCCCUCGGCAGCUAUGCUGAAAUGCAAGGGCACUCCAUCAACAUUGAUUACAAGACAAUACGGCGUAUUCACUGGUGUGCUACCAUGAAAGAGUAUCUUCAAUGGUGUGAUAUCGAAGAAUCAAACAUUGACCAUGACGUCAAGAUCUUAUUAACGCACGGUAUCCAGAGCUUCCGUCGCUUUUUAUUUCCCGAUGUCUUAGAAGCGAAGACUAUAGCCUCAUGGGGGAUUCUCUGGGACACCGCAAUGGAAUUGAUCGCCCGAGCUCGCGAGUUCUAUGUGUACCAAGUGGCACUUGAGCAACAAAAACUCAACAGUCAAAGGAUUUAUGAUGACGACAUGGAAUUGUUACGCCAAAGCGAAUUGCGUAACAACCCUGUAUCUCAUUAG